AUGUCUGUUCGAUCAACUGGAUACACGGUUACUGAAGAUGUGCUCCUUUGUCAAGUAUUCUUGGAUAUUUCUCAAAACCCUAUUAUCGGUAGAAACCAGUCUCGAGAUGCAUUUUGGUCUUGUGUGGAGGACAAAUACAAUGAACUUCGAGAUCAGCAUUUUGAGAUGCGUGUGAGCCGACGUUCUCGAAUGGAAAUCAUAAGUAAUGAAGUAAGGAAAUUGAAUGCGUGCUUGAGACAAGUAGAGAAUCUGAAUCCAAGUGGUGCUUCAGAUGAAGAUAUUUUAGUUCGAGCAAAGAUGUUAUUUAUGCAAGAACCAAAGUACAAAAAAGGUUUCAAAUUUGAUCAUGUCUGGAAUAUGGUUAAAAAUUUCAAAAAAUUCAAAGAUGAUGUCCCCACAGCAAGACAAGUUGGUCGAAGACAAUCCCAAAGUGUGAACUUCGACUCGUCACAAUCAGAUAAUCCCACUCCGGAAUCUCCUAUAUCAACAUCUCCUGGAUUGUCAUCAUUUACUCCAUCUGAACGACCUAUUGGGGUAAAAAAAGCUAAAUUGAAAAGGAAAAAUGAUGAUCAUGAGUCAAGUGUAGUGGACUCCAUCGAGACCUCCAACAAUCGACUUAUAGACAGGUUAGACAAGGCGAGCUUGGACAGGCAAGAAGCAUUUGAUAUCGAACGAGAAAAGAUAGCCAUGAAAAAAGAUAGAGAUGAAUGGAAAAUUAUAAUGAAAGAUUUGAAUUCCAUUGCUGAUCCAAACGUGCGUGAGUACGUUCGAGCUCAACAGAUUAAAAUAAUAUAAAAAAGAAAUCAACAAGAACAAGGGUCUGCUUCUAAUUUUGGCAAUUAUUUCAAUGAUAUUGGACACUCUGGCCCCGAUCUACCAGAUUAUUGAGAGUUGCUUGUCCAUCUCAGGAAAUGUUCCAUGUUUAGUUUGUAUUUUAUGUUUUAUUUUAAUGAAGUUUUAUAUUAUGCGUGUCA